AUGGAUCAUCCAGACGGCAACGCCUCGCUGCCAACACCUGUAUCAACCCCAGCUGCAGAUCACGGCCCAGGAUGCCAUCCCCCAAGCCUGCAACCCAACAGCUAUGAACUUUUCAGUCUUGAGCCGUUGAGCCAUGUUCCCUUCCUUGUUUCUGCACGGCCUCCCAUAUUAGCUAGACAAAUCGAAAGUGUCCCCCUUACUGACAAACACCCGACUAUAGUCAAGGAGAUCAAGACCGUCAUCCGGGACCUGGUCCAGGGAUCCCCAGAGAAGCAGCAGAAUGCCCUCUAUUCCAACUUCACCGAGGACGCCUCCUUCACCCACCCAUUCUGCCAUGUACCGUCCUUUGGCAACAUCCAGAUCCCGUUCCUCUUCACCAUCAACUCGCGUUGGUUGGUCCUCAUGAUUUACCGCUGGUACCGCAUCUUGAGCCCCAAUAUUGAAAUGGAGAUUGAGUCUUCUGUCCAAGACCAAAAAACAAACUUGCUCUACGUCAAGAUGCGCCAAGACUUCCGCCUAUGGUUCGUUCCCUUCUACUCGGCACCCGUCGACUUCGUCGUUGUCCUCCGCCUAGAGACCCGCACAAUCGACGCCAACGGCAACCCGUUGCCUCGCGGCUACGGUGACGACGCCUCCGUCGGCACCCGCCAGCGCCAGUUCAUCGUCAGCCAGGAGGAUCACUACCAGGUCGGCGAGUGGCUCAAGUUCAUCGCUCCCUUCUUCGGGUACUGGGCCUGGCACGCCUGGACCCUCUUGGCAACUGCGAUGUGCGUUGUCGGCGCCUUCUUUGGAUAUCCUCUCACCUUGCUCUUUGGACAGAUGGCUCGGCCCAACAGUAACGGUAACGGGCAGGAGAGUAAGCGGGAGUAG